AUGAAGAUGCUGAUACUGCUCUCACUGAGCCUUGCAGUGACACUGGCAUUGCCAGCAUUGCCCCCUGGUGAGGAACAAAGUCCAGUUUUAACUAAAGAAAAUCAGCGCCCUCUGCUGGGAGACGUGCUUCCCGUGCAGGGUCAUGUAGAGGUGGAGAAUCCUGCACCACAGGUCAUACCACCCCCCAAAGAGGAACAGGAAAAAGUGGUGGAACUAGAGGCUAAAGUAAAAACAGAUGGGAAGCAGGAGGUGAAAGCAGAGCCAGAGGUGGAGGUGGAGCAAGCAGGUGUGGUAGAACAAGAUGUUAAAGUGAAGCCAGAAGUUCAGGUGGAGGACAAGUUUGAAGAACAGCAAGAAGUUAAAGCAGAACCAGAGGUCCCUGGGGAGGCUGAGGCUAAAAUGGUGAAUACCAAAGCUGGUGUGAAUCCAGAAGGUGAGGGUGAUCAAGAGCUCAAAGAUGACCCAGAGUUCCAGGUGGUGUCAGAGGUAAGAGUUGAGCUGGAUCAACAAAUGGAGCCAGAACCUGAAGAGAAGCAUAUGUUAGAUGAAGAAAACUUUCAGGAGCAUGUGCGCCUUGUAGCUGACCCUGAAGAGGAGGAGAGCUUCAUGAGGAAGAGGGACAAUGUUGUAGAUGAAGAGCCGCUAAUGCAGCUCUAUGAAGAGCCAGAAACUGAAGGCCAGGCUGUGCUUGAUGAAGAGCAGCGCUCUUGUCCUGGCGUAGUACUAGAAGGGAAGUGCUAUGAGUUCUUCAAUGAGCCAAUGAGGGCUGCAGAUGCUGAGUUUUUUUGCCAGGAAAAGUUCCCCGGUGGCCAUCUGGCCUCCAUCACAAGCCAGUACAUCCACAGUGAACUGAUGAAACUGAUACUGAAGAAAAAUGGAACGCAUACACGCACCUGGGUUGGAGGACUGCGAUUUCUGGAGACUGGUCGCUUCAUCUGGGUGGACGGUUCCAGAUGGGAGUAUGCUGACUGGCUGUCAGGGGAGCCCAAUAACACAGCAAAUAAGGAAAACUGUCUGGAAGUUCUGGCUUAUGCAAAUGGAAAGUUUAAUGACUUCACAUGCUGGGAACCCCAAGCUUUCAUCUGCUCCUAUAACUAUUAGUUAAUGUACAAGGAGUGUUUUUUUUUCCUUGUUAGGUUUUAUGUUGGCUGCUGAGUUUGUACUUUUUUCCCCUUUACUUGCAGUUUAUCAUAAAUUUGAAAGUAAAUGAUUAGAAGCCAUGAAAUUACUAACAGGCCCCUCGGUCAGCAUCUGACGGUUAGUCACAGGAACCUACAUUUACCUGCAUUAACCUGAGUUAGGAAAACUUUGAUUAUUUCACAACUGAGAUCACAUUUUCUUUUUUUUUUUCUUUUCUUUUUGUAAAUAGU